GUGGAGUUGGUCGUUUUCGCAGCUUUCAGUAUGGCGGGCCUUGCUGACCCUCCCGGCCGAUGCUGUCUUUGAACCCGCAGGAAGAUGUAGAGUUUCGAAAGGAGGUAGUGCAGGUUCGCCAGCGCGUAACCCAGCAACAAAAGCAAGAAAAGCUUAAGCGUGGAGUAAUCUAUGUGGGCCACCUACCUAGCACACUUGAUGAAACUCAGAUCCAAGCUUAUUUCUCCCAAUUUGGCACUAUUACAAGAUUAAGACUUUCCAGAAGUAAAAGGACUAGAAAUAGCAAAGGCUAUGCCUUUGUGGAAUUUGAGUCUGAUGAUGUUGCCAAGAUAGUUGCUGAAACAAUGAACAACUACCUUUUUGGUGAAAGACUUUCGUGUCGUGUUGUGCCACGUGGAAAAGUACAUAAAGAACUUUUUAAGGGCUGCAAAACGCCAUUUAAACAGCCAUCACAUCCGGCAGUGAAACGGUAUAAUCAGAAACGGACACUUACACAAAGACUACAGAUGGAGAGGCGAUUUAAAAAGAAGGAACGGUUACUCACGAAGAAAUUAGCGAAAAAAGGAAUUGAUUAUAAUUUUCUUCCUUUGGUUUUACCUAAGGGAAAGAAACAACAGGUUUCGGGCACUACUGAGAAGACUGUGGAUAGCCAGGGCCCCACACCAGUUUGUACACCAGCAUUUUUGGAAAAACGAAAAUCUGAAGUGGCUGCAAUGAAUGAUGAUGAAGAUAAUGAAAUAGUUUUCAAACAGCCCAAAUCCAGUGUAAAAGAAGAAGCACAAGAGACUCAAACACCUACUACACGUUCACAGAAAAAAAGACGAAGAAAAAGCAGUCAGUGACUCUGAAUAUACUAUGCAUAGCAUUUCUUCUGAAAAGUGCAGUUUUUGUUUCGUGGGCUGAUUCUAUGCUAGGUACAGUGAAAUGCAACCCUUGCCAAGGGUUUGUUUUUUUUUUUUUUUGAGACAGAGCCUCCCUGCUGCCCAGGCUAGAGUGUCAUGGUGUCAGUUCACUCACACUGCUCAGACUCCUGGGUUCGAGUGAUCUUCCUGCCUCAUUGCCCAGCUAAUAUUUCUGCUUUUUCCUCUUCAUAGAGCUGGGGUCUCACUUUUGCUCAGGCUGGUCUCAAACUCCUGAAGUCAAAUGAUCCUCCUGCCUCUGCCUCCCAGAGUGCAGGGAUUAUAGGUAUGAGCCACCAUGCCCGGCCCCUUGACAGUUUUUGUAGGAAAAACAUACUAUUUGGUCAAGUCAGUAAGGAGAGCUACUUGUAUUAUU